CAGAGUGUCUCCGUGAUCGGCCUAGUCCGGGUCUCGUCCGCCAGAAGACGGGCUUCGCAUUCGCUUGCUUAUGUCACUCAGUUCAGUUGGGAGUGAUAACGCGGUCUGUUCGCAGCGCGAAACCACGUUUCUCUGGUGACUCUGAGUAUUUUUAGUCCAAUUUCACCGCGACAAUUCAAUAAAUCCUGAAUUGUAUAUAUAGAGUGCACUGUGACGAUUGGUCGUCAAUGUGAAGGAUAAAAAAAAUCCGCAGCAUGUGAGAAAAAUGCUCGCGAUCCGUGGAAAUUCAGUAAGAACACCAAUUCACAGGGUGUUCAGUGUUACAUAAAUAGGCGCCCCAAUAGACACCCCACACGCUGUGGAAGAGUGGAUUUGUGAUUAAGUGUGAAAAUUCCUGCUUCUCUCGCAUCCCAAAAAUAAAUGGGAGAGACAAUCGUGCCCAGUGACAACGGCAGAAAUUCCUCUCACAUCACUGCAGAUCAUGAGUUAACGUUGUAGGCAAGAGUAGUUGACUCUCCCUUAUGCAUCUCAAUCUGUGAUCAAUUCGGCGGUUUAGGAAGAAUCAGCAGAUCGUAAAUCAUCAGCGAUAAACAUGGUGGCCACGAGUGAAAAUCGCACAAGGAAUGGCCACGUUCUCGUGUGGGAGCAACCAGGGCUAUUUCAGAAUGACGACGGCAAGAAAAAGAAAUGGUUGGGCACGCGCCACUUUGUCACAUUCAUGCUGUUCCUGGGCAUGGCGAAUGCCUACGUGAUGCGCACCAACAUGUCUGUGGCCAUCGUGGCGAUGGUGAACCACACGGCGCUGGAAACGGAGGUGGAGGAGUUCGAUGACGAGUGUCCGGAGACGGACUACGGCAACAGCACGGAAACGGUGCAAGACGGAGAGUUCGCGUGGAGCACGAGCUUGCAGGGCUACAUCCUGUCCUCCUUCUUCUACGGCUACGUCAUCACGCAGAUCCCCUUCGGCAUCCUGUCGAAGCGCUUCGGCGCGCUGCGCUUCUUGGGCUGGGGCAUGUUCAUCAACUCAGCCUUCGCCUUCCUCGUGCCAGUGGCCGCCAGACAGGGCGGCUUCGGCUGGCUCAUCGUGGUGCGCUUCAUCCAGGGCCUGGGCGAGGGCCCGAUCGUGCCCUGCACGCACGCCUUGCUGGCCAAGUGGAUUCCGCCCAACGAGCGCUCUCGGAUGGGCGCGUUCGUCUACGCCGGCGCGCAGUUCGGCACGAUUGUUUCGAUGCCGCUGUCCGGACUCCUGGCCGAGUACGGCUUCGACGGCGGCUGGCCGUCGAUCUUCUACGUGUUCGGCAUCAUCGGCGUUGUGUGGUCGUUGGCGUUCGUCUGGCUGGUGUACGAGGAUCCCUCAUCGCAUCCCACAAUCGAGGAAGGGGAGAAGAAGUACAUUAUCAGCUCGCUCUGGGGAACAGCCAAUAUCACGAAUCCUCCGAUUCCCUUCAAGGCCAUCAUCAAAUCUCUUCCAUUCUACGCCAUCUUGCUGGCUCACAUGGGCCAGAACUACGGCUACGAGACGCUCAUGACGGAGCUUCCCACGUACAUGAAGCAAGUGCUGCGCUUCUCCAUCAAAGAGAACGGCCUUCUCUCCGCCCUGCCCUACUUGGCCAUGUGGCUGUUCUCGAUGUUCAUCUCUGUGAUCGCCGACUGGAUGAUCUCGUCCAAUCGCUUCUCCCUCACGGCCACCAGGAAGAUCAUCAACAGUGUCGGCCAAUACGGCCCGGCCAUCUGUCUCAUCGUGGCAUCCUUCACGGGCUGUGAUCGCGUCCUCACCGUGGCCGUACUGACGAUCGGCAUGGGCCUCAACGGCGGCAUCUACUCGGGCUUCAAGAUCAACCAUCUGGACAUCACGCCGCGCUUCGCCGGCAUCCUCAUGGCGUUCACCAACUGUACAGCCAAUCUCGCGGGUCUGCUGGCGCCCAUCGCGGCCGGCAACCUGAUCGAGGGCAAGCCCACAAUUGCCGCCUGGCAGGUUGUCUUCUUCAUCGCGGCGGCUGUUUACCUGUUCUGCGCCACAUUCUACAACGUGUUCGCGUCCGGCGUUCGACAACCAUGGGACAAUCCACUGAACGACGCGCCCGAGGAGCGGCGCUCCAUCCCCAACGGCCACUCCACCGUGAUCGAGUCGCGGCAAUAGAGAUUCCACGGACAAUCCUCCACUCGACACAGUGAAUUCGCUACGAAUGUUUUAAUGAUAAUUCUGCAAAUGGCCCAGAAGAUUAUGAGCAAUGUUGGUGUGAGUGAGAAAGAAAUGUGAACGAUGAGCGUGUGCACAGUAACAAUUUGAUAAUAAUUUAAUAAUAUGAUGAGAAAGUGUCUAAGCAGUGGAUUAUAAUUUCUAGAGAUUUUUAUAACGAUGCAAGAAAUGGUAGGAAGACAAGAUAAUUUAAUUACACUAAUUGUAAUUUGUAAAUAGAACAUUUAAUUCAUAUUGAGUACUUUUCAAAGUGAAAUUUGCAUAGAAGAAAUAAAAUUCUUCGACAACUAAA